AUGGCUACGUUUUACGAAGAGGACGACGGUGACGCAACGGAUUAUUCAUAUGGUCUAGAUGACAACAGCGAUGGGGAGUCUAGACCGACGGUAGUGCUCAUGGGCCAGAAG